UCACAAUUAUACUCCCCUGUUUUAACUCCACCUCCUCUCUCUCUCUCUCUCUCUCUCUCUCUCUCUCUCUCUCUCUCUCUCUCACACACACACACACAGACACACCACCUGCACAAACAGUUGUCCUCGGGGCUCGCGCAAUGUUUCACCAAUUCGGCGCAACAGCAGACUCCCUGAGCAAAGCAUCAACCCUGGUCUUUCGUAUCGGCACCGACGCUCAUCUCUACGACGAUCCCGAUGACGUCAGCAUCGCACCUCUCCUCGACAGCAAAUUUGACUCAGAGAAAUGCGAAGCUCUCAAACGACUUCUCGCUCUUAUCGCACAAGGGUUCGAUGUCUCCAAUUACUUCCCUCAGGUUGUUAAAAAUGUGGCAUCUCAAUCGUUGGAGGUGAAGAAGCUGGUUUACUUGUAUCUGCUGCAUUAUGCUGAAAAGCGUCCGAAUGAAGCUUUACUCUCAAUCAAUUAUUUCCAGAAAGACUUGGGGGAUCCAAAUCCAUUAGUGCGAGCAUGGGCACUCCGUACUAUGGCAGGAAUACGUCUACAUGUAGUUGCACCUAUUGUUGUCGUUGCAGUGGCGAAAUGUGCAAGAGACCCAUCAGUAUAUGUUAGAAAAUGUGCUGCCAAUGCUCUUCCCAAGCUGCAUGAUUUGCGCUUGGAGGAGAACACUGGGGGAAUUGAGGAGAUAGUUGGAAUCUUGCUGAAUGACAACUCUCCUUCUGUAGUUGGAGCUGCUGCAGCAGCAUUUGCUUCUGUAUGUCCGAACAAUCUGAAUUUAAUUGGUAGACACUAUAAAAAGUUAUGCGAGACACUUCCUGAUGUCGAGGAGUGGGGCCAGAUUGUCUUAAUUGAGAUUCUUUUACGCUAUGUGAUUGCUAGGCAAGGGCUUGUAAGAGAAUCCAUUAUGGCAUCUCCUUAUUCCGAAUACCUUGAUUCUGAAAUUGAUGGUCCAGAUAGAGACUUUGCGGUUAAGGAAGAGACUAAUGUUGUUAGCAUUGGGGCAUAUCAGUCUCAAUUAUUACAGAUGGCUUCUAAGAGCUACCUUGAAGGACCAGAAAAAUAUCUUUCACAAAUGAAUUUUGAAGACAAGGGCGCAUUCCAAUCGGGAUUACCAAAGUUUACAUCUGCCAAAAAUGAUGAUGUAAAGAUCCUGCUUCAGUGUACUUCACCUUUGUUAUGGAGUCAUAAUAGUGCAGUGAUACUUGCUGCUGCUGGGCUACACUGGAUUAUGGCACCCAAAGAGGAUCUCAGAAGAAUUGUCAAACCACUCUUGUUUAUCUUGAGAUCGUCUAGUGCCUCGGCAUAUGUGGCGCUCUGCAAUAUUCAAGUGUUUGCUAAAGCGAUGCCUUCUCUCUUUGCUUCUUACAGUGAAGACUUCUUUAUAUGUUCCUCUGAUACAUAUCAAAUAAAGGCCCUCAAACUUGAGAUAUUAUCUAACAUUGCCACAGAGUCAUCUAUCCCGGUUAUAUUCCAAGAGUUUCAGGAUUAUGUUAGAGAUUCCGAUAGGAGAUUUGCAGCAGAUACUGUAGCUGCAAUAGGUUUGUGUGCACAAAGGCUUCCAAAUGUAGCUAAUACCUGUUUGGAAGGAUUAUUAGCUCUGACUAUACCCCGCUCAACUAUUGCAGAAUCUUUGAAUAAUGAUACCGAGUCUUCAGGUGGAGAUUCAAUUGUUCUAAUUCAAGCAAUCAUAUCAAUCAGAUCAAUCAUAAAACUAGAUCCACCACGUCAUGAGAAGGUAAUUGUUCAUCUGGUGCGAACUUUGGAUUCAAUUAAAGUACCCACAGCCAGGGCAAUGGUUAUUCGUAUGAUGGGAGAGUACAACUCCUCUGGUCACAUUCUUCCAAAGAUGUUGACCUCAGUACUUACGUAUCUUGCUUGCUGCUUUACUAAAGAAGCACUUGAAACUAAGCUCCAGAUUCUAUAUGCUGCUGUCAAGGUCGUAUUAUGUGCAAGAGGGGAUGAUCUAUGUGCUUCCAAAAAACUCUUAAGCUAUGUGCUUGAACUUGCCAAAUGUGAUAUAAAUUAUGACAUCCGUGACCGAGCUCGUGUUAUAAGAAAACUUCUUACGCAGUACUUAUUUUCCUUUGAACUGGUGGAAGAAGCACGAUAUAUAUCAGAAUCAAAGAACAUGUCAUGUCUACUAGCAGAACGAUUAUUUUUGGAAAAACCUAAAUCAAUGUCAACUGAACCCAAUAACUAUCGAUUUUAUCUUCCUGGAUCGCUUUCUCAGAUAGUUCUUCAUGCAGCUCCAGGGUAUAAUCCUUUACCGGAGCCAUGUAGUUUGACCAUUGGUGAUAGUAGUUUCGGUUCAAAUAUCGUUAAGGGUGGCACUCACAGUGAUUUAUACGGAGUAGAUGAUUCUGAAAGAGCAUCGGGUUCUUCAGAUGAUGAUAGUAACUCAAGUGACGGUUCUGAAAUUUCUGAAGCUGGCUCAAGUGGCAAUGAUGUUGGUGAUGAGAGUGGGUCUGCAAGCGAGGGUGACGAGAACACUGGGUUAUUAAUUAAUUUUUCAGAUGUUGGUAAUGCUGCAUAUGCAAACCUUAAUGGAAACUCAGAGGUGAAUGAUCCUCAAUCCAGACCUAAUGAUUUUGGCGAGCUCAUGUCUAACCGAGCUCUUGAAUCUUGGUUGGAUGAAAGCCCUGAUUCAAGCCGAAAUGCUCCUGAAUCAAGUAGUUUCCAGAAUUCAUCAGCUAGAAUAUCUGUCGGGUCCCUCUCUGAGAGGGUAAAACCAAAAUCUUAUACACUCUUAGACACUGUAAAUGGAAAUGGCUUGAGGGUGGAUUAUGUAUUCUCAUCUGAAAUGUCAAGCAAAUCCAAAUUUGUUUGUUUAGAAGUAUCUUUCAAAAAUUGUUCCAAUGAACCUAAAGAGAAAAUUUUGCUGUUUGAUGAGGACAUUGAAGGGGGCCAAGAUAACUCAGAGCAAGCAUUGAGAACAAACGAGAGUUCCUCAGCACCACAUAACAAUGAUGUUAAAGUUAUAGUUCCUGUGGAAGAAAUUCCUUGUCUAGAACCUGGUCAGAGUUCAAAGAAAAUCAUGGAAGUUCAUUUCCAUCAUCAUCUCUUGCCUAUAAAGCUAGUUCUACGAUGCAGUGGAUUAAAGCUUCCUGUUAAGUUGUGGCCUGACAUUGGAUACUUUGUAAAACCCCUGCCAAUGGAUGAUGAAGAAUUCUUCAGGAAGGAAUCUCAACUCCGUGGGAUGUUUGAAUACAAUAGAAGGUGUACCUUCAUUGAUCAUGUGAGGGAGCUGAAAGAUGAAAAGGGUGAAAUCUCUCUGGUAAAAGACAAGUUUCUUGUCGUAUGUGAAACUCUAGGAUUAAAGAUGCUCAGUAAUGCAAAUCUUUCUCUCAUUUCGGUGGACAUGCCUGUUACUACAAACCAUGAUGAUGUGUCAGGUUUGUGCUUGCGGUUCGCUUGUGAGAUUCUGAGUAACUCGAUGCCUUGUUUGAUCACUGUUACCCUCAGAGGUAAUUGCUCUGAACCGCUUAAUACAACUGUGAAAGUCAACUGUGAAGAAACUGUAUUUGGAUUGAAUCUGUUAAACAAAAUAGUCAGUUUCUUAGCUGAGCCCCCUCUUUAAGGUGCUAAAUCUGUCAAGUGAUCAAAUGUUUUGGCAUCUGUAGUUUUGCGGAACUUUAAGUUGUGUGCUUUCAUAUCCCAUUGAGCUUGGGGAUGCAAUUGCAUUUGUUGUCCCAUUAGAAAUACAAAAUAUAUUUCAUGACCAUUAUAAAAAAUCCCUUCUCUUUUUGGCUA